GUGUGAAAUGUCACCUUGACAACGAGCAUAAACUUUAAAUUGUUUGAUCGAUACUUUACAAGAUAUCGAUCGCUACAGCCGUCUACCGAGAAAAUAUUGGAUUUCUUUUCCUCCAAACUAAUAUUAAUAACGAAAAAAUAGAAAUUAAAAAAAAUUAAAUUAAAACUCUAAAAAUCCGGUAAAAAAAUCGUCCCGGUCAACUUAAUGUCUACUGUCUUGCGAUCAUCACUUUGUUAGUCAGCUGAGCUUGACUUGCCGGCGCGGGCUUGGUCAUUCGAGAACGUGACUCCACUUAAAACGGGUGUGUCGUACCAAAGCACUUACUUGUACGCAAUUAAGGUGGUAUUCAGUGGAAUAGAACGCUGCGUGACUGUGUUGCUUAGACUGAAAGACAACAUAUGUAAGUACAUAUGCAUGUACUUGAAAAAAGUGGCAAAUAAAGAAUAAAUUCUAAAUUUGAUUCAUUCUUCUCAAUCAGUGUGCCGCCGCCAGUAGGCGAUCAACAAGUGCUGUAGUGCGCGUGAAUCGAGGAAGUAAAAAUACCGAAGAAGUGUGAGAAAUAAAACCACGAAAGUCAUUAAUCAAAACAAUAACAGCGAAUACAAUAAAAAUAAAACAACAAUACAUAGUAAAACAAUCAAUUGAUUUAACAAAAAAAAAAAGAAGAAAUAAUAGCAAACAAGCGCCAAGAUGUCAACGUACGCCAAUCAAAAGCUGAAAUUUAUUUUUAAAUUAAUCACAGUUUUAACUGUACUAGUGCAAGGAACGCUCGGUCAAUCGUUUUUACUCAGUUUGGGACAAAAUCAACGCAACUUCUUUGCGGAGGGCAAUUCACGGGAAGCUUUCUUGAAUACACCUUUAAGCGCUCAUCUGAAUUACACGGAUACAGUUUCGAAUAGGCAUUUGGAAACACAUGACGAGUUUGAUGACAACAACACAACGAUAAUUGUUAUUAAAAGCACAUUGCGUGAACAAUCCCACGAAUUAUCACAGACUGCCAUGGAUAUCAUAACGAUCGUGUGGUAUGUGGCCACAUUUCUGGCAUUGGCAGCCUUCUUUCUACUAAUGGCUUGCUCAGAAAGACGCUGUACGCAGAAUCGGCGCAAUGUUUUGGACAAUGAAACACCAAUCGCGCCGCCCACACCAUCGCCAUCGUACAGUGAAUUUGCGCCACCCAGCUACGAGACAGUGAUCAAAAUGCAACACGAUGCCAAAACGAGCGUAUUUGUGAUACCUUUUGCGCCAUUGGAUGUGCCAGGAAGCAAAGACGUUAGCAACAACAGCAAUGGCAGUAGUUUGCAUACGCCGCAGACGCCUACAACACCAGCAAUAAAUUUCUACACGGUGAAUGAGUUGGAAAAAUUCGGAUGUUAGUUUAACAGCUAGGCAAUAAGCAGAUAUCUAAAGCAGUUGCUCGAGUUAAGUGGGCGAUCAUUAUGUAGGCCUUUUGAGUUUGAGCGCAAGGCUUAAUCCUGAUAAAAUAUCUGAAACAUGUCAAAAUGAUCAAUGCCGCGUCGCGGGUUAGGCCAUGCAUUAUUUUUUAUUUAAUUUAGUCAACGCGCUAGGGCGACUGCUUUAGCCCUAGAUAAAAGCUAAUUACCUGUAAACAUGUGUACACAAGUAGUAUAUAUGUACAUGCAUAUGCAUGUUUGCAUAUGUAUGUGGGUAUUUCCAAAGCGAAACGAAGAAAAUUGUCUCAAAUGAACUGUGAUAUAAUGGUAGUUGAAGUUGUAUACGCUUAAAUUUCUUUGCAUAUUUAAGUAGGCUUUGAUGCUUCAUUGCAAGUCAAUAAAGUUAACAGAAAAGAAUAAUAUUACAUAUAAAAUAUGCAUUUAUGCAUACGAACGUAGUAAAUAUUUUUGUAACUCACCUUGACAAUCGCCAAUGAUUGCCAUGCAAAACGUAGUUAAAUAGUUCUAAAUACAUAAAUCAUUAAGCCUUUAACCCUUUUAUUGCUUAUAAUGCAUACAUAUAUUCUAUUAUAUAAUAAUAUGAAUCGAAUGUAUGUAUGUAUAUGCAUGCAUGGAAAUAUAAAUUAUAUGUAGUUAUUGUUACUUCCAUAAAUAUUGUAGAUGUGUAAGCUGAAGACUGAAUUAAUUGCGAGAAUAUGCAAAUCCAAUAUUUUCCAGUGUAAUUAGUCGUAGCUUUAAGUUUUUCUACUAUUCAUGAAAAUUUUGUUUCAAAAAAAGUUAGAGCAAAUAACAAACGUUUUAUUAAAUUGUAAAAAAAAAUAUUACAAUUAAGCGCCCAAAGGGCGAAACAAGUAUUAUGGAAUAGUUUAAGAAAAAGUGGAUAAAUUGAAUUAAAUCAACUGAAUGAAAUAAUAAUAAGAAAAAAUUGUA